GGCAAGGAAAUUCCACUCAGCUGUGUUGUAGUAUACAGGUUAGAGAAUAUGUGGUCAUGGAAGUACACAUGGAGGACAGUAAAGAAAUGGCACUUUUUUUUUGGCUCCUUUCUCAUGAGAAGUCCACUGUACCCUGCAGAACCUCAAGGGCUGACGAGGGAACAUUGAUGUUGCCUGGCUCUUCUGACCUUGGCUUCUUCUGUAAAAUGGGAUUACUUAUUGCAGUUCUUGGAAUCUGCUUCAGCUCUUCACUUGUAAGAGGACAUUCUAAGGCUGUCACAACAUCUCUAACUACAAAGUGGUCUUCAACUCCUUUGUUACUUGAAGCAAGUGAAUUUUUAUCAGAAGAAGGUCAAGAAAAAUUCUGGAAUUUUGUAGAAGCCAGUCAAAAUAUUAAGACAUCUGAACAUGAUGGUAGUGAUUAUGCUUCUUACCAUGAAAUGCUGAAAGCAGCCUGCCAGAGUCUGUCACCUUUGCAGCAGAACUUGUUGAAAUUUUCCUUGGCUUUACGCUCUUAUUCUGCAACCGUUCAAGCUUUUCAACAGAUAGCAGCAGAUGAACCUCCACCAAAGAGCUGUACCCUGUUUUUUGCUGUGCAUGGGGAUAAGACAUGUGAAUUUGAGUCGCUUGGAAACCUUUUACAGGGAGCUUCAGAAAGGCCAAAGCCAUUUUUGUUCAAAGGUGAUCACAAGUACCCAGUGUCAAACCCCGAAAGUCCUGUCGUCAUACUUUAUGCUGAGAUUGGCUCAGAGGAGUUCUACACAAACCACAAGAAGCUUGUUUUAAAGGCUGAGGCAGGGGAAAUCACUUAUGUCCUCAGACACUAUAUUGCUAAUCCCAGUAAAGAAAAAGUCUACCUCUCUGGCUAUGGUGUGGAACUGGCUAUUAAAAGUACAGAAUACAAGGCCAAGGAUGAUACACAGGUGAAAGGCACAGAUGUGAAUGCUACAGUAAUAGGUGAAAAUGACCCUGUUGAUGAAGUGCAAGGAUUUCUGUUUGGAAAACUAAGGCAGUUGUAUCCUGACUUGACAGAAGAGCUGAAAGAGCUUAGAAAACACCUCGUGGAAAGUACCAAUGAAAUGGCACCUUUGAAAGUAUGGCAGCUACAAGAUUUAAGUUUUCAAAGUGCUGCUCGCAUUUUGACUGCUCCCCCUGUGGAUGCUUUGAUGGUCAUGAAAGACCUGAGUCAGAACUUUCCUACUAUGGCCAGAGCCAUAACGAAAACAGUUGUUUCUUCGGAACUCAGAGCAGAAAUUGAAGAGAACCAAAAGUAUUUCAAAGGAACAUUAGGAUUGCAACCAGGAGAUUCUGCCUUGUUCAUCAAUGGACUGCUUAUUGAUUUAGACACUCAGGACAUAUUUAGCUUGAUUGACGUGCUGCGCAAUGAAGCCCGUGUUAUGGAAGGCCUACACAGCUUAGGAAUUGAGGGGCUUUCCCUGCACAAUGUUCUGAAAUUGAACAUCCAGCCAUCAGAUUCUGAUUAUGCUGUGGACAUUAGAAGCUCUGCUAUUUCAUGGAUCAAUAAUCUGGAAGUUGACAGUCGGUAUAAUUCCUGGCCUUCCAAUGUGCAAGAACUGCUGCGUCCCACGUUUCCAGGUGUGAUCAGACAAAUCAGAAAAAACUUCCAUAAUUUCGUGCUGAUAGUAGAUCCUGUUCACGAGACCACUGCAGAAUUACUGAAUGUGGCAGAGAUGUUCUUCAGUAACCACAUCCCACUGAGGAUAGGACUAGUCUUUGUGGUUAAUGACUCAGAGGAUGUUGAUGGACUUCAGGAUCCAGGUGUUGCCCUCCUUAGGACGUACAAUUACGUGGCACAAGAAAUGGACAACAAUUACGCUUUCCAGACUGUCAUGUCUAUAUAUAACAAAGUAAAAACAGGAGAUCAGCUCAAAGUGGAGCAUGUGGUUAGUGUUCUUGAAAAACAGUAUCCUUAUGUGGAAAUCAACAGCAUUCUGGGAAUUGAUUCUGCCUAUGAUCAAAACAGAAAGGCAGCAAGAGGUUACUAUGAGCAAACGGGUGUAGGUCCUCUCCCUGUUGUGCUGUUCAAUGGAAUGCCUUUUCAAAAAGAUCAGUUGGAUCCUGAUGAUCUGGAAACUGUGACAAUGCACAAAAUCCUGGAAACGACAAGCAUCUUCCAGCGAGCUGUGUACCUGGGUGAAUUAUCUAAUGACCAAGAUGUGGUUGAAUACAUCAUGAACCAGCCUAAUGUUGUUCCAAGAAUUAACUCAAGAAUUUUAAUGUCUGACAGAGAGUACCUAGAUUUUACAGGAAUAAGUAACUUUUAUGUAGAUGACUUUGCUCGAUUUACCACAUUGGACUCCAAAGAUAAGACAUCUGCUGUUGCAAACAGCAUGACCUACUUAACAAAGAAAGGAAUGUCUUCCAAGGAGAUCUAUGAUGACUCCUUCGUUAGACCAGUUACUUUUUGGAUUGUUGGUGAUUUUGAUAAACCUUCAGGAAGGCAAUUACUGUAUGAUGCAAUUAAACAUCAGAAAUCCAGCAACAAUGUUCGAAUUGGCAUGAUUAAUAAUCCUAGUAAUGAUCCAAAUAGCCAGAAUACAGUUGUCGCUAAAGCCAUAUGGGCAGCUCUACAGACACAAACAUCAAAUAAUGCCAAGAACUUCAUCACCAAAAUGGCCAAAGAAGAAACUGCAAAGGCACUAGAGGCAGGAGCUGACAUCUUAGAAUUUGCUGUUGGGGGUAUGGAUACCAAUAUUUUCAAAGAAGCCUUUGAAUCUCCCAAGGUGGAUUUUAUUCUGUCUCAUGCUGUAUAUUGCAGAGAUGUUCUAAAGCUGAAGAAAGGGCAGAGGGCUGUGAUCAGCAAUGGAAGGAUGAUUGGCCCAUUAGAGGAUGGUGAGAUGUUCAAUCAGGAUGAUUUUCAUCUCCUUGAGAAUAUCAUUCUAAAGACAUCAGGACAGAAAAUCAAAUCUCAGAUUCAGCAGCUGGGAUUCGAAGAAGAUCUUGCAAGUGACUUGGUCAUGAGAGUGGAUGCUCUUCUUUCUGCUCAACCAAAAGGAGAGGCAAGGAUUGAAUAUCAUUAUUUUGAAGAACGAUACAGUGCAGUUAAACUGAGACCAAAAGAGGGGGAGACAUACUUUGAUGUUGUGGCUAUAGUUGAUCCUGUGACCAGAGAUGCUCAAAGACUUGCUCCGUUACUUCUGGUUUUGAACCAGUUGAUAAAUAUGAACCUAAGAGUGUUUAUGAACUGCCAGUCCAGGCUUUCUGACAUGCCACUGAAAAGCUUUUAUCGCUAUGUUUUGGAGCCAGAGAUUUCUUUCACAGCAGAUAACAACUUUGCUCCAGGACCAAUUGCGAAGUUUUUGGAUAUGCCCCAAUCUCCAUUGUUCACUUUAAACCUAAAUACUCCCGAGAGCUGGAUGGUGGAAUCUGUUAGAACCCCAUAUGACCUUGAUAAUAUUUACUUAGUGGAGGUGGACAGUGUUGUAGCUGCAGAAUAUGAAUUGGAGUAUCUGCUUCUGGAAGGACACUGCUAUGAUAUUACAACUGGACAGCCACCUCGGGGACUCCAGUUUACACUAGGAACUUCAACCACUCCAGUCAUCGUUGAUACCAUUGUUAUGGCCAACUUGGGCUACUUCCAGUUAAAAGCUAAUCCUGGUGCAUGGACUCUAAGACUGAGAAAGGGCAGAUCUGAGGAUAUCUACAGAAUAUACAGCCAUGAUGGCACAGACUCUCCACCUGAAGCUAGUGAAGUUAGUGUUGUUCUCAACAACUUCAAGAGCAAAAUUAUUAAAGUGAAGGUUCAGAAAAAACUAGAUAUGAUGAAUGAAGAUCUACUAAGUGAUGGUACCAGUGAGAAUGAAUCUGGAUUUUGGGAAUCCCUCAAAUGGGGAUUCACAGGAGGACAAAAGAAUGAAGAUGUGAAACAGGAUAAAGAUGAUGUACUAAAUAUAUUCUCUGUGGCUUCAGGACACCUGUAUGAAAGAUUCCUACGCAUAAUGAUGUUGUCUGUGCUGAAGCACACCAAGACUCCUUUAAAGUUUUGGUUUCUGAAGAACUACUUAUCACCCACAUUCAAGGAGUUCAUCCCAUACAUGGCAAAGAAGUAUAACUUCCAGUAUGAGCUUGUCCAGUAUAAAUGGCCACGCUGGCUUCAUCAGCAAACAGAAAAGCAGCGUAUCAUCUGGGGUUACAAGAUCCUCUUUCUAGAUGUGCUCUUCCCAUUAGCUGUUGAUAAAAUCCUGUUUGUGGAUGCUGAUCAGAUUGUGCGCACAGACCUAAAGGAAUUACGAGAUUUCAAUCUAGAUGGUGCUCCUUAUGGGUAUACUCCAUUCUGUGACAGUCGAAAAGAAAUGGAUGGCUACAGGUUCUGGAAAUCAGGAUAUUGGGCAAGUCAUCUAGCUGGAAGAAAAUACCACAUCAGUGCUCUGUAUGUUGUGGAUCUGAAGAAGUUCAGAAAGAUAGCAGCUGGAGAUCGACUCAGAGGACAAUAUCAGGGUCUCAGUCAGGAUCCUAACAGUCUGUCCAACCUCGACCAGGAUUUGCCUAACAACAUGAUCCACCAGGUGCCAAUUAAAUCACUGCCACAGGAGUGGCUGUGGUGUGAAACAUGGUGUGAUGACUCCUCAAAGAAGAGAGCAAAAACCAUUGAUCUGUGUAAUAACCCAAUGACCAAAGAGCCCAAGUUGCAAGCAGCAAUGCGUAUAGUUCCAGAAUGGCAGGACUAUGAUCAAGAAAUCAAACAGCUCCAGAGUCUUUUCCAGAAAGAAAAAGAAACAGAAGAAGAAACAGGAAUACCAGCUGAGAUGCCAGGACAACACACACACGAUCCAGCAGCACAUGUGGAAUUAUGAUCCAUGGAGAAAAACUCAAGUUAGACUGUUUCAUAGACAAUUUUUAUAUGGAAAGCUAGUUUUUUUUUUUGGUAUGUCUGCAAAACUGCUGAAUAAUUGAAUGGGAUGAUGUAUGCAUUUUUAUUACUUGCCUUUGGGUUAAUUUCUGCAUAUGAAAUAGGAUCAGGAUUGCUGGAAUUAACAGUACUGGUCUUUUGCACCUGUGGUGGAGAUGAAAGAGCCCAGGAUGGAAUUUAGCAUUUCAGAAACAAAAUUUCAAAAUCCACUGGAAAAGCCAAGAGCCUGUACCUUCAGCUGUUGCUGCCUCCACCACUGAUGAAGAUCCUGUUAGCCUCAGAUCUGACUCCAGAGCUUGGAAAUCACAGCCCCACUGAGCCACUGGCUAGAACAUAAGUCCUAACCUCAACAGAUGGAGAUAAUUUUUCCAGGUACAAUUAAAGGUUCAGACUCAUGCCUUGAAUGGGAUACUGUUUUAUCUGCAGGUUUUCAAAUGGUCUGAAUUGCUUCUCAGAUUUUUCAGUAUGCCCUUGGUUUUGUAAAAAAAAAAAAUCUAGUUAUUACUUAGAUUUUCUAUUUCCUGUCCUCAUUUACUGGCCCAUUUCUGGUGGUUUGGCUUAAUGUAAAGUUACCACAGUCUAUUAAAAUAUACACCCAAAUACAAAUGCCUACACUUACAAAGUGAGCAAAACAUGGAAUGUGACACUCUAGCCCACCUGACUUUAAUCGAAGUGCCCUCCCUUCUUCCUGCUCCAAGUUUAAAUUAGUCUGCAAAACUGGUAGGGCCUUACUAUUGCUGUGGUUCUCUGAUUCAUGAAUGUGUUUUGUUAUGAAAUCUGUGGAAGCUUGGAAGAUUAUCAUCUUGUACAUUUCAUUAACUUUAUUUUUUCUUCAAACAGAUGUUGUCACAUCAAUAAAAACUUCGGCAUUCUUAGGUCUUCAGCUUUA